GAGUGAUACAGUUUUUUGUUUGGACAGAAGUCAUUGCAGAGUGAGAUGUAAACUCUUAUGGUUAACAUACGUGUUGGAGGUGGAAAAUCUAGGCCAGGAAAUGGUACACACGGGUCAUUUAGACUAAACCACCUUUUCUUUCUUCACCCUCUGAAAGUGAAAGUAAACACUAACCAAACAAAUUAAGAUUUUCACGGGAGAAAAUGGCUUUCAAGCUUGAAGAGGAGCUUUGCUGUCCUGUGUGCUGUGACAUCUUCAAGGAUCCCGUCUUUUUGUCCUGCACUCACAGUGUGUGUAAAGCCUGUUUGCAGCAGUUCUGGGAGAGCAAAGGAUCCAAAGAAUGUCCCUACUGCAGGAGAAAGUGCUCAAAAGCACACUAUCCUUCUAACAUGGCCUUAAGGAACCUGUGUGAGGUUUACUUACAGGAGAGAAGUCAGAGAGCUUCAGCAGGGUCUGAGGUGCUCUGCAGUCUGCACAGUGAGAAACUCAAGCUCUUCUGUCUGGACGAUAAACAGCCUGUGUGUGUGGUGUGUCGAGACUCAAGAAAACACACCAACCACAAGUUCCAACCUUUAGAUGAGGCAGCAUCUGACCUUAAGGUGCAGCUGAGGAUUAAACUAGAGUCCUUACAGAAGAAGCUGAAGGUCUUUGAAGAAGCAAAACUCUCCUGUGAUGAAACAGCGAAACACGUGAAGACUCAGACCCAGCACACAGAGAAGCAGAUCAAGGAGGAGUUUGAGAAGCUUCACCUGUUUCUACGAGAUGAAGAGGCAGCCAGGACAGCUGCACUGAGGGAAGAGGAGCAGAAGAGUCAGAUGAUGAAGGAGAAGAUUGAAAAGAUGAGCAGAGAGAUCUCAUCUCUUUCAGACACAAUCAGAGCCAUAGAGGAGAAGAUGGGAGCUGAUGAUGUCACAUUCCUGCAGAACUACAAGAGCACAGUGGAAAGAGCCCAGUGCACACUGCAGGAUCCAGAGAGGGUUUCAGGAGAUCUGAUCAAUGUCGCAAAGCACCUGGACAACCUGAAGGUCAAAGUCUGGAAGAGAAUGAUUUCUCCUGUGACUCUGGAUCCCAACACUGCACACCCACAUCUCAUCCUUUCUGAGGAUCUGACCAGUGUGAGAUAUGUUGAAAAUAACCCACAGAGAUUUGAUUACUAUGCCAGUGUCCUGGGUUCUGAGGGCUUUAACUCAGGGACUCAUUGCUGGGAUGUGGAGGUUGGAGAGAGCACAACGUGGGCUGUGGGUGUGAUGACAGAGUCUCACCAGAGGAAGGGAGCAUAUGGUGCUGUGAGUGGACGGUGGUUUGUUCGGCAUAAUGAUGGUGAAUAUAGAGCAUGUGCUACACCACAGCCCCCCACUCUCCUCACAGUGCAGCAGAAACUCCAGAGGAUCAGAGUGCAGCUGGACUGGGACAGAGGAAAGGUGUCAUUCUCUGACCCUGAUAAUAACACACACCUACACACUCUCACACACACUUUCACUGAGAGAGUGUUUCCAUACUUUAGUGGCGGUAGUCUCUCUUCUUUGAGGAUCUUACCAGUGAGUCCCCAGUAACAGCAGAGCAGCACUGAUGGAGCUGAUGGUGUCUCUGACUGGACUCUCAUAAGGCCAGUAGGUGUAGUUGUGAAGGUGUGCUGAAUGUAACACACUUAAACCAGGAGAUGUAUUGAUUCAUUAAUACACUGAGUAUACUAAUGAUGAUGUGGGUCAUUAACACAUGAUGAUUUACUAAUGAUACUAAUGAUGAAUGAUGAGAACAGCCCUUACAAAAAUUAAAUGUUUGCGGAAGAUUUGCAGCAACCUUGUGGGUGAUUUGUGGGAAACAAAUAAGUUCACUAGAAAAUAUUGCCAGAAGUUUGCCAAUGUUGGCCGCUAGAGGCAAAUUUCCAGCAAAGUUCCGGCAACAAUUAGAAGUUUGCCACUAGUGGCAAAUGUGUUCACCAGUGAUUUGCCACUACACUUAGCCAAUAAUGGCAAACUUCCAGUGAACUUCUGAUGAUAAACAGAAUGAUGCAUAAUGACAUUGCGGCAAAUUUGCCGCAACUUUGCCAAAAGUUAACUGCAACUGUUUGCCAGAAACCUAAUUUGCAUGUAAAAAUAUGACCUUGCCGCAAAUUUGCGGAAACUGUUCGCCAGAAACCUGAAAUUUCUGUAAGGGAGAGUAAUGCUCUACCCUGAUUGGAUGCUGAAAGUAGGAGGGUGGGGUAGAGCAAGAUUGGAGCUGUACUUUUGCUCAUGUAACUUUAACAUUAACAUAAAUUUAAAGUAAUUAAAUUGAUUGAUUACUGAAAGUGACAGAAUGCAUGGUUACACUUUACUUGACAGUGUCGACAUAAGAGUGACAUGACACUAAGGUUGCCAACCGUCCCGAAUUGUGCGGGACAUCCUGUAUUUUGGGUGAUUUUGAUUUGUCCGGGGCAGCUCUAUUCCCGAUUUUCAAUCACAGCUCAUCGACCUUGUUAACUUGUCGCACCUGGAACCAAGUGUCCAGUGCCGCCGCUACCACGCGCAUCUCGCACUGUGCGUACGGCACCAAGGGACAGAUGGGGCACCACAAUUUAGCCAGAGAAGCUUUACUGCAAACUGCUUUUCACUCUUCUUAGAGAACAAUUACAAUGUCAAAAUGCAGCAAAACACCAUCUUACAUAAGGAUGAUACUUUUUGGGUCCUCUCAGUCUCCAUUAUGCAGCAGAUCUAACUGGAACGUUAUGCUACUCGUUUUAAUUGGGAAUGAGAGGGUGAGAGGGUGGAAGUUUCCAGCUGGCUUGUCAUUGUUGGUAAUUGAUUUCACCUUUUUAAUAUAAGAAACAUUUAAAAGGAAAUCAUGAGAACAAUAAAAAACAACUUGAGGAGAUUGCGGAAUUAUCCGGUUCACACUAUGCAACUGACCAUUUAUAAAAUGUGAGGGCACUUUGACAUAGGCUGCACGCACUGUGAUAUGAAGUGUAUAUGUAAUGGAAUUGGUGAGCACAAACAAUGUUAGUGUGUGUGAAAUAGCCAUAGGCUAUAUUUGAAUGGAGCUGGCAAAAUAUUAUGAAUACCGUGUAUAAAAGUU